AUGUCGCGUCCUCUCCCCAAUCCUAGCCAGCGUCAUCACACGCAUUCGACCUCGCUAGGUGCCCUCAAUCCAAACCACCGUGUAACUCGCCGAAAAAGUAUCACCGCCGCCGCUGCCAAUGCUGCCGCCGCAGUCGUCGCCUCCAUGGAGGGUGGGGAGGCUACCUCGCUCCCCAUGGGUGCACACCGCCGCAGCCUAGCAGGCCGCAAAGGACUGGAAACUGGCUCUAUCGGAAAUGUAUCUGGCUUCAGCUCCUACCUCUCCCGCAGAAUCAACAGUCCUAGCCAGGAACCACCGGUCGCCCGCAAAAGUUCUCCGGGAUCGGACCACUCCGAUGGCAAGCCCAAGAACCGGAACCGCGGAGCCAGCGAGGGUGCCCAGCUCAAGACCGAAGGGAAGCGUGCUUCGACGGCCAUACGUUGCGAUCGCUGCGGGAAAGGGUGGGAACACGACCCAGCAUGGUCCGUUACUUCGAAGCUUCUCAUCUCCAAGCAUCAGCAGGUUCAACUGCUGGAAGCCGCCUCCGUUUUGGUUACCAUGAAUCACGAUGAUCCGCCCGAUGAGUCCGCCGAGUUGGAGUCGGAAUUGUCGUCUGGGUCGCCGGACGCCCUGUCAGAAAUGAGGGAUGGCAUCAGCUCCGUGGAGACCACGCCACCCCCAAUGGACUCGGAGGAGGACGACGAUUUCGAGAUGUCGGGUGUACCGGCCCAGUGGACCAAACGCCCCAGCGUCAGCAACGCCUCCGGUUUCUCUCGUUCCUACCAGUCCAUUCCCUCCAGCUCGUACAAUGAUAGUGCUCCGCUGCACUCCCCGAGCUUCUCUCACUUCCGUCAAUCGAGUAUCGACACCCGUCCUUCGACUGCGGACGCACGAUUACACGAGGAUGAUGAGGCGGAUCUUGCCGCGGCCAUCGGCCUGUGCAAUUUCGGGACUCCUCGCACAGGGCCUGUUUCCAUGACCCCGGAUGUCCCACCAGUGCCUCCACUGCCGGCGCGCUACUUGGACUCAAGCAGCCACCCGAGCACCCAGGGUCUCCAUUCCCCUUACUCGCGCCCCACAGAGGAGGCCGCUUGUCAAGACUCCUACGCAAGCAUCUUCUUGUCCCGGUCGCUCAACCCGUCGCUGUCGUACAAGGUGUCGGAUGAGCGUGAAGUCCGGACAGGUGGUGACGAGGCGCAGAAAUCCCGGCAACGUCGUAACGCCGAUGUGGACUUUGGUAACCGCUCUGCGCCAGCCGAUGACGACGAUGGUGGUGUCUUUGGCCACAUGGAAGAGUAA